AUGAGAAGGUUGAGCCUGCGGGGAGGAAACGACGGCAACACGGGAGUAAAGAAGAACUUUAGCAACGAGCGGCUCGACGACGCCAAGUCGCGGCUCAAGAAGAUUCUGGGAGCGAACUCCCAGCUGGAGAGGCAGGUGGCGGACUUGGCAGCGAGCUACGACAAGCUCGCCAAGAGCUACGGGCUGGGCAGUUUCAAGCCCACGCGCACGGCGUCCUACUCAUGCCUGAACGACGUGACGCUGACGGAGGCUGCGGACAAGGCUCCCGAGCCGGAAGAAUCGAAGACUCCUCCUGUUGAGAGCAUCCAGAAGAAGAUCGAGGCAGCGCUUGCCAAGGACAGCAAGCCUGUAGAGCCGACAGAGCAAGUGCUCCCUCCUGAGGAGAGACUCAAGAUUGUGAUCGUCUCCUCUGAAGUCGCUCCCUUCUCCAAGUCUGGAGGACUUGCUGACGUUUGCGAUAAGCUUGGAGUUGCGCUGUCUCGCAUGGGUCAUCGCGUGAUGACCGUCGCUCCUCUUUACUGGCGAAUGGGAGUAGGAAAGGAUAAGCUUGGCAACGUAGUGAUGACUCUUGGCAGUGUCUGGAAGGAGUUUGGCCUGUUCAAGCAGAAGCUCAGGAUCGAAUAUUUUCGCAAGUUCAGGGAGACUGGUGUGGACCAUAUCUUCGUACAGCAAGGCUGCUACGAGAGGAGAGGGGUUGACGCUGGAGCGCAGAGGCACGGCAUGUAUGGGCACAACGACGAUCUGAUGAGGUUCGCGCUCUUGUCAUGGGCGGCGCUAGAGGCCCCGUUCUCCGUGGAGUGCGACGGGUCGGUGUACGGAGAUGACGUCAUCUUCCUGGUCAACGACUGGAUGGUGGGACUUGUCCCCUUGAUCAUGACAUCGCACUACCGGAGGUACGGCUGCUACAAGCAAGCUCGCACAGUCUUCGAUAUCCACAACAUGGGCUACUGCGGAAACUUCCCAGUCGUCGAUCCGCACGACCUGGGACUGCCCGACGGCGCCUACUACGACAAGCUGUUCCACGACCGGCAGAUCAAGCUGCUCAAGGGAGGGAUCGAGAUGGCGGACAGGGUCGUGACGGUGUCGCCGAGCUACAGGGACGAGAUCAUCACUGUGGAGGGAGGAUGGGGACUGCAGGACACGUGCAGAGGACGCUUCCCGCACCUUGACGGAGUUCUCAAUGGCAUCGACUGUGACGAGUGGAACCCUGAGACCGAUCGCUUCCUCUCUGCCAAGUGCCAGGGGUACGACAACUUCUUCAACAAGGACGACACGACGGGCAAGCGAUCCUGCAAGCUCCACCUGCAGAACUGCAUGGGGCUGAGGGAGGACCCCAACAUCCCCAUCGUCGCCUUCAUCGGGCGCCUUGCGUACCAGAAGGGUAUCGAUGUGAUCGAGUCGAUCUUCCCCUGGCUCAUGAACGGCGACCAUGCCGGAGUCACGGGGUACGUGCAGGUGGUCAUGAUGGGGACGGGAGACGAGAAGUACGCAAGGUUUCUGAGAGACGCGGAGAACCACAACAAGGGGAGGGUGGCUGGUUUCGUAGGCUUCACCUCCGAGCUCGAGCACAAGAUCAUAGCAGCAGCAGAUAUCAUUCUCAUGCCCUCCAGGUACGAGCCCUGCGGCCUCCCGCAGAUGUAUGCGCAGAGGUACGGGACUGUGCCGGUAGUGCAUGCCACGGGAGGGUUGAAAGAUUCUGUGAUACAGUACGACCCCUUCCAGAACACAGGAACAGGAUGGAAGUUCGACUGCUGUGACGCCGAGGGCCUCAAGUACGGCCUUUGGAACGCGCUCAACACGUACAAGAACCACAAGGACGCAUGGGCCGGGAUCGUGCGGAGGUGCAUGGAGCAAGACUUCUCGUGGGAGCGAUCGGCAAAGAGAUACGUUGAGAUCUUCAAGUGGGCGAGGAUGGACCCUCCGUUCCAUCAGCCCAUCCCCUUCUGA